CACGAAAGAAAAAGAAAAAGACAACGACACGUCACUGAGGUUAUAUUAAAGAGAGAAGAUGGCUAGCACUGCGGGUAGUUUUCGCCUGCACACCACAGCGGAAAAGUUCUACAUAGAGCAAAGUGAUAAUGACUCUGUGGAUGUCCUGGUCAUUGAUAGAGUAUCUACUGAGAUGUCACUCACUGUGAGAAGCGAUGUUCCUAUGUCAGCUGAAACCAUGCCAGUAUGUGGAGUUAUGGGAACUAUUCGAUUGCCAGCAGGCAUGUACCUCAUAGUGAUCACAAAGAAGAUGAAAGUGGGAGACUUACUGGGCCAUGCUGUGUGGAAAGCUCUGAACUUUGACAUCAUUUCUUACAAAAAGACAGUACUACACUUGAACGAUGACCAGAUGCAAGACAACAAAACCUUUGUAUCCAUGAUCAGCAGUGUGCUUCAUACGGAUGGCCUCUACUUUGCAUCAGACUAUGACCUGACCCACAGCCUGCAGCGUCUGGCAAACACAAGCCCAGAUUUUCAAGACAUGAGUCUUCUGGAGAGGGCAGAUCAGCGCUUUGUUUGGAAUGGCCACUUGCUACGGGAGUUUAUGACACAGCCAGAGGUAAGAUACUUGCACAGGUUUGUGUAUCCUGUUGUCCAUGGUUUCAUUACCAUUAACUCGAGCUCCAUCAAUGGAAAGGUGUUUGAGUGGAUUAUCAUCUCCAGAAGAAGCUGUUUCAGAGCCGGUGUCCGCUACUAUGUCCGAGGCAUUGAUUCAGAAGGCCAUGCUGCUAACUUUGUGGAAACUGAGCAAAUUGUGCAAUACAACAAUUACAAGGCUUCAUUUGUGCAGACCAGAGGCUCCAUCCCUUUCUAUUGGUCUCAAAGGCCCAAUCUGAAGUACAAGCCAAAGCCACAGAUCAGCAAAGUGGUUAACCAUUUAGAUGGAUUCCAGAGGCACUUUGAUUCCCAGGUUGUUCUGUAUGGAAAACAAGUCAUUUUGAACUUGAUCAACCAAAAAGGUUCUGAAAAGCCUUUGGAGCUAGCAUUUGACAAGAUGGUAACCAGCUCGGGUAAUGGUAUGAUCAAGUACAUAGCAUUUGACUUUCAUAAGGAAUGUAGUCGGAUGAGGUGGCAUCGGCUUCAGAUUUUACUGGACAGUGUUUCUGAAAUACAGGAUGAAUUUGGAUAUUUUCUUGUGGACGCUGAAGGGAAGGUACUGAUGAACCAAGAGGGUACAUUUCGGAGCAACUGCAUGGACUGUCUGGACCGUACCAAUGUCAUCCAGAGUCUGCUAGCCCGACGCGCCCUACAAUCACAACUGCAGAAAAUGGGACUUCUCCACCUGGGACAGAAGAUCGAAGACCAGACUAAUUUUGAGAAGAUUUAUAAGAAUGCGUGGGCAGACAAUGCUGAUGCAUGUGCCAAGCAGUAUGCUGGAACUGGUGCCUUAAAAACAGACUUCACCAGGAUGGGGAAGAGGACUGUGUGGGGUGCUGUGAUGGAUGGCUGGAACUCUGCAAUCAGAUAUUACAAGAACAACUUUUCAGACGGCUUCAGGCAGGACUCCAUUGACUUGUUCCUGGGGAACUAUGCUGUGGACGAAGCAGACUGGAUCACUCCACUGCAAGAUCCCAAAGACUGGAAGUUUUUAACUCUGCCUAUCGUCAUGGUUGUAGCUUUCUCUAUGUGCAUCAUCUGUCUGCUAAUGGCUGGUGACACGUGGACUGAGACUUUGGCCUAUGUUUUGUUCUGGGGAACAGCCAGCGUUCUGACAGGUGGCCUGAUCCUGUUUAAUGGACGGGACUUUGUGGAUGCUCCCAAGCUGGUUCAGAAGGAGAAGUUGGACUGAAUGUGUGCGUGUGGAAAGCAGCUGGGCCCUGGCGACCUUAACAUGUCAUCACUUCCCCCCCACCAUCGCCAUCUGCAGGCCUGGAGCCUGUAUUAAACAUGACCAGAGCAGACGAGGAUGAUGGCUACCACAACCAGCCCAGUGUGAAACAACUGAUACUGGGACUGGGAGAUUCUGCAGGGGUUCUGCUGCUGUCCACACGUAACCCGUUGUAGUGGACAGGACUGUGUGUCCACUGGUGUCCUAGUAGAAUCAUCAGUUAAAGGACAAUACUGAGCACUCACACAGUUUCUUUUUUUCUUUUAUCUUUUUUGAGUGCAUUAAUAUGUGAUAACUGAGAAGACCACAUCGUUGUAAAUGAAUGACGCUUCAGAAUGUACAUGUUUUAUAUUUGCAUUUGUUAAAGCAUAGAUUAGAUAUUGCUGUUCAGCAGCUUUGUCAGUUUUUUUGCCCUGGCCUGUUUCAAAGUGAGCAUUAUAUACAGCACCAAUUUAUGGAUGACUUGAUGCCUUCAGUAAAGCAACCAUCUGCCAAUAAGAAGGCUGUUGGUUCCAUUUCUGAGUUCUUGUCCACAUGUCUAUUGAGCAAGACAAACAACCUGAAAUUGGAUAUCAGUGUGUGUGAAUGUGGGUGGUUCAUUAUGACUAAGCAGUAUCAUAAAGAGUGGGGAGAACAAGUAUUUAAUAUACUGUCGAUUUUGCAAGUUUUCCCACUUCUGGAUGCAAAGCAUCUAGAAAUUUCAAAUUUUUAUCAUAGAUUCUCUCCAACCUUGACAGAAUCUAAAACAAAAAUCCACUGUAUGAUUUUGAAGUAAUUUGCAUUCUAUUGCUUUGUUACAUGCAGUGUUACCUCCCUGCCAUUAAGUCCAAACCCUGUUGGAGAAAAUAAAUAAACACACCACUGUCUAACAAAGUAGGAUCAACUGUACACAGGGGAUAAGGCAUCUGCCACCACAUUCUCUGAACCCUUCUUGUGAUAAAUUAUAAGAUUAAACCUCUGUACCAUCAAUGACCAACGCAUCAGCAUUGGUUAUACAUCUGAGACAAGAAAACGAUGUAAACACUGCCAUCAUCACUGACAUCAUGUAAAUGGCUUUACAACACCUUUACAAGAGGUGUUGUAAAGCUCUUGGCUUUGCAACACCUCAAAGUGUUGUAAAGCCAAUAUCAUUGCAAGAGUUUCUUUUUCAAUGGUGGAAUAGUUCAUCUGGUGAGUUUUGAACUUAGCAGAAAAGUAACUCAGAAUGGCCACACCAUCUUGGAUACUGAAAAAAGUGGUCAAGGUUCACAAAGACAGAGAUGUCAGAUGCUCUCAAGAUUAAAGGAACUUGCCAAUAUCCCUUAAGCAGAUCCAACUUGGUAAUGAGUGCAGUGGGACAAAAAACUAUCAAUACAGUCUUACAGUUUAAUUAACCCUUGGAGGUUUGACAGAAUUAAAGUGAUCUUGGAUUAGUUGAACAUGUUGGCAUAAAUAUGUUGUAAUUUUCCUACAAACUAAAAUAUUGAUGUUUGUGAUACAACAAAACUCAUAUUUACUUCAAAAAUGUACAUCUUCUGUUUUUCACCGUUAUAGUAGGUUUUUCACCCAUGGAGGUUGCCAUUUUUUCACCGAUGGGUUGAUGGCAUCAUGAAGUCCACUCUACUGGAAUCUACACAGUAAACACAGGACGGCAGGCUAACUUUAUCUGAGUAGUUUAUUAUAUUGCGUUUGAUCAGUGUAAUUUUAUAUAAUGCCCCACUGUGUUACUGUUGACUGUAAUUUUUUUUAAAAGAAAAGGGAGAAAAAAAUUGAGGCGAAUCUGAAUAACAUCAUACGGAGCCCUCUAGGGCUAUCAUCCCCAACCCGCGGACCAGUACUGGUCCGUGGACCAAUUGGUACCGGGCCGCAUAAUAAAUAAUUAAAUUUUUCCGUUUUAUGUAUUAUCUUAGUCUGGAGGAUCAUCUAUUUUGAAGAUUAAUAAUCACUGAAAGCCGACAUAAAUGUUGGAAGAGCCAUGGGAUUUAAAAUAAAAUGUUUAAAAAGUU